AUGGCACCAGAGCUUGGUUACACAAUGGAAGUGAAUGAGAGCUGCGAUGUUUAUAGCUUUGGUGUGGUCACAUUGGAAAUAAUUAUGGGAAAGCAUCCUGGAGAUCUUUUCUCAUCUUUCUCAUCAGUCUCUUCAUCCUCCUCUUCAUCAUCAUCAUCUCCAUUACCAGCCCAUCAAAUACCAAUUGUGGAUGUUUUGGACCAUCGCAUUUCCCCUCCUACGCAUCAAGUUGCAAGUGAAGUGGUCUCUCUUGUGAGGAUAGCAUUUUCAUGCUUGAAUUCCAACCCGAAAUCUCGUCCAACAUUGAAACAAGUUUCUCAUUUCCUCUCAACUCAGAUGUUGCAUUUGUCGAAGCCGAUACAUAUGAUGACAUGUGGUGAAUUGCUUGCUCUUGAUCCGUUGGCUACCUAA